AUGGUCGCAAAUCUUCCGCCCACCACAUUCCGGCACGUUGCGCUCGCGGUCGACUGUCACCGCAUCCCUGCAAGCAAGCGCAGGCUCCCGGACUUGCCAAACGGCGGCAAACAUAGGGAUGUUGGUAUUCUUACCAUCGCGGUGCCGGUGGUGGAUGACGAGAACGUGUACCGGUCGAUUCUCGACCAAACGAAUCCGCCCACAACCGCCGAGCUCGCUAACCUGCUGGCGUCGGGGCUGGACGACAUCCUUCAGUUUGGCAAGGCCGGCGUGUUCAUUCGAAACAUCAAACAUCAACACGCCGGCCUUGCCAAACUGAAGGAUGUCGUCCAGCCCCGACGCCAGCAGGUUAGCGAGCUCGGCGGUUGUGGGCGGAUUCGUUUGGUCGAGAAUCGACCGGUACACGUUCUCGUCAUCCACCACCGGCACCGCGAUGGUAAGAAUACCAACAUCCCUAUGUUUGCCGCCGUUUGGCAAGUCCGGGAGCCUGCGCUUGCUUGCAGGGAUGCGGUGACAGUCGACCGCGAGCGCAACGUGCCGGAAUGUGGUGGGCGGAAGAUUUGCGACCAUGUGGAUUGA